UGACAUGCCGCCCAACUUCUACCAUGUAUCCUCACCCCCCUUCCCCGACACUAUACGGGCAAAGUAUCCUAUCUCUAAUCCCCUCGUUCUUUGAAAGAAAUCAUCUCGGUAAUGUGUCCUUCCUUCACUCGAAAUCUCAGUCAACAUCCUCUCACUAGGCUAAGGAAGCUCCUGUUUCGAUGGUUUUCAAUCGACCAUACUCGGCAGUAACAAACACUCUAGCGGGCAUAUGGGGGUAUUUCUUCAACCCGGCCCCUCCCCCCACGGAUGGUGACCAUGAAAGGUCAGUACUAUCCCUUGCGGUGGAGCCAAUGCAAUACCCUUGCUAAGAGCUACUUUCUGCUACUACAGGGACGAUUCGGAUGACCAGAUCUCGGAGAAUGAGGAGGAUUCUGAGAACACGGCUACUCCUUCACAAGAGGGGUCGCUGAUCGGAGAGGAGGAAUUUCCAGAUAGAGAAGACCCUGCAGAGAGUCCGCCACCCCGGAGCCCGCCACCCCGGAGCCCGUCACCCCAGAGUCCGUCACCCCAUAGCGAGAAUGAAGGACGGAAAUCCCCCGACUGGGGACCUCCAGAUAGUAUGACCACGCAUGAGGGCCCAUCAAGUGACCACAAUGACGCCAUGGAUAUGGAAGGGGACGGCUCAUUACCUCAGAGCCCGUCACCCCAGAGCCCUAGUGAAGGACGACAACCCCCGGAGUGGGUUCCACCAGAUAACACAGACACGCAUGAGGAGCCGUCCAGUGACAAAGAUGACGCCAAGGAGACGGAAGGUGACGGCCCGCCAUCCCAGAGCCCGAGUGAAGGACAGGAAUCUCCCGAGUGGGGGCCCCCAAAUAGUACAGACACGCAUGAUGGUCAAACAAGUGAUCACAGUGACGCCACGGAAGGAGAAGUGAACGGCGCAGAAGAACUUACUACUCCGCCCAAAACCGACGACCAAGACCUUGGACACAAUUGGGUGCAUGGAAGUGUCACGCCGUUAGCGACUGGUGGGGUAGAUCGCGAAAAGCUUCCGUGGGGCAAGAAUACGGUCACGUCGGCCAAGGCUGGCUUGUCGAAGGUUCAACGUAAUAGAAGGGAUUUGAAUGCACGCUUCAACGUGGAUAUGAGAGCUGAUGUGAGCCUAGAGAUUCACACUCAACUACAAGGAGAUGUUGUCCUGGGUACGUUUGACUAGAUUGCCAUGGCUUUCUGGUCAAGCGGGUGCUUCAUACAGAUCGGGUGCCACAGAUUGGGUGCCAUAACACAAUGAGGAUCUUCUCAGAGGGAGAUACAUUUCGACUUUUGAACAAGAUAGCGCUGGUUAUGGCCGAUCAAACGGCGCAAGUCCG